GGCGUAGCCUUGUACUUUCUGCAGCUCUGCUGGGUGCCGUGAGGGAGAUCUACCUUGGCUUGGAGAAGAACUUCUGGGGGGCCACCUGCCCCCUGGGGGACCUCUCUCUCAGAUGGGGACAGUCUGGGGCUGCAGCCUCCCCAGCCUCGCCGGCCAUGCCAGGGGUCUCCUUACUUCCCUCGUCACUCUGCUCCUCCUCCGGCUGAGCUCAGCCCAGCUCAGAGUGCUGGGACCAGGCCACUCUGUCACUGCCGCUGUGGGGCAGGAUGUCGUGCUGCCCUGCCACUUGUCCCCUCAACGCGAUGCUCGCACCUUGGAGGUCAGGUGGAUCCGGGACAAGUUCUCUGAGACAGUGCACCACUACCGCAAUGGUGAGGACCUGUACGGGGAGCAGAUGGAGGCAUAUGCCAGGAGGACAGAGUUGCUCAGAGAUGGUCUCUCUGCUGGAAGCCUGGACUUGCGAAUCACAGGGCUGAGACCCUCUGAUGAUGGCCAGUACGUCUGCACUGUGGGAGAUGCUGAUGCUUAUGAUGAAGCCAUUGUGGAGCUGGAGGUGUCAGCCACAGGUGCUGACCCCCACAUCUCCCUGGGGGGCUACGAGGCCGGAGGCGUCCGGGUGCUGUGUCGAUCGGCCGGCUGGUACCCGCUGCCGCAGCUGCUGUGGAGGGAUGCUCGCGGGCAGCACCUGCCCUCGGUCUCCCAGACACAUUCCCAGGACCAGGAGGGGCUCUUUGAAAUCGAAGGCGCCGUCAUCGUGACCGGGAGUGUGGAGGGGCCCUUGUCCUGCGUGGUCAGGAGCAGCCGCCUCCAGCAGGAGCGGGAAUCAUCCCUGCACAUCUCAGCUCCCUUCUUCCACAACGCCCAGCCCUGGAUGGUGGCUCUGGCUCUGGUCCUCGUGCUUUUGGCUGUGUCCAUUGGCCUCAGUGUUUAUCUCUUUCAAAAGCAAGAGAAACAAGCUGCAGAGCUAGCAUGGAGACGGUGUCUGCUGCCUCAUAAUAGAGUGAAGGUGACCCUGGAUUCGCGCACGGCUCAUCCCUGGCUUGUGGUGUCUCAGGACAACAGCAGUGUGAGAUGCGGAAGUGAACGGCAGCAGGUGCCUGACACACCAGAGAGAUUUGACUGUUGGUGCUGCAUGCUGGGCCGUGAGGAGUUCAGAGAGGGGAAGCACUGCUGGUUGGUGGAGGUGGAAGGAGAGCAGAUAAAGAAUUCAGGGUGGGCUGUGGGGGCGGCCAGGACUUCUGUAGAGAGAAAGAAGUGGAUCAACAUGAGCCCUGAAGUAGGGAUCUGGGCGGUAGAGUACUAUAAUGAUCAGCUCAAGUCUCUAACAUCUCCUCCCACUCAGUUGACCCUGUCCCCUGUCCCCACGAGGAUCUGGGUCUGUCUGGACUGUACCCACGGGCAGGUGUCUUUUAUCAAUGCUGACAAUGGGGUCCAGAUCUUCACUUUCACAGCAGCCUCCUUCAAUGGGGAGAGCAUCCGCCCCUGGUUCCGGUUGUGGACAUGGGGAAUUCAGCUGUGCCUGAGGGACAGCACCCCCAAGACCCCAGCCCCAGCCCUGGGGAACUCCAGCCCUUCUCCAGACACUCCUGCAUCACCUCUCCUUCAUCCUGCAGGAGCAGCACAGGAAUGAGGGGCAGUGGGGCCAGGGGCUCUCCUUUAUUCCUCCCUGCUGCUGGGGGAAGGCUGGGAUUCUAAAACCAGGGACCAGGCCCCUUGCAGGCCCUGGGCUCUGCCCUGCACAUGGCUCCUGUGCUGGGGCACAAGCCCUGCUGGCACCCACGGCUCUCACCCUGCCUCUGAGCCCCAGCGGGCAGCACAGGGGCUGCAGCAGCUCUCCACGCUCCUCUCCCCUCUGCUUGCACUGCUUGCAGACCCCAGGGCAAGGGAUGUGGUCACCGUGUCCUGCCGGCCAUUGCAGGCCACCUUUGCCUCCUAGUUUGGGGUUGAUCCUUGCUCUGUGCCUGGUGCUGAGCAUGAGCAGCCUGUGGGGGCUCUUUGUUCCUUCCUCUGGAGCAUAUCAAGGCCCAGCAGCAGCAGGACUGUGGCAAAUAAAGUUUUGUACAGGAAGA